CUCAAGCUAGGUUAGGCCCUACUAGGGCUGGGGUGUGGGUCCCUACAGAGGUAGGACUUUCACUCCGCUUCGGGGCCUUCUAACGCCCAUGGGUUGGUCUACUGUGGAUGCUUUUUUUUUGAAGAAGUCAGAAGCCUCAGCUAAAUCAAUUGAAGAUGCCGAAGCUGUUCGUCUUGAUGACGACGAUGGUGAUGAUGUUGUGGAGGUGGGUUGCCAGAACCCUCUGCAGAAGGCAGAGGGGCACUCAGGCCAAUCCUCUGGCUCGGAGAUCGACGGUGGUGGGAGCUUGUGGUGGGUAGACCUGUUGAGGCAGCACACCUCCCAUUUGCCAAAAGCAAAGGCCAAAGAGACUGGAGAAGAGUGGUCUGUGGUUUCUGCUUGCAGCGGCCUGCUCGCAGAGGGGUUUGUGUUGCAGGCGAAUCUGAGGGAGCAGGGAGGGGUUCAUGUCUGGCCCUGGGCCGGAAUAGGAAUCCCCACGCCGCAAUAAGAAUAGGUGCUAACCGACCGCCAUACCCAUAACCGUGAA